AACCGGACAACCUCUGCAAAUGGCCCACAGAUUUAACCCAAUUAUGGACGAAUCUUCUUUCUUUCAAUACUCAACAACUACACCGGAAAUCUCCCCUGAAUCGUCUUUUUGCUCGCCGGAGCCCUACAAUGCUGUUUUCUUCAACUUCAAUGACGCCGAGGAACUGCUUUGGAUGGAUUUAUUGGCCGGAGGCAGACCCGAACCUGAAGAAAUUACUUCGGACCCUAAACUCGAACUCGAACAGGAGCCUGAAAAGAAUUACAGAGGGGUAAGGAAGAGGCCAUGGGGGAAAUUUGCAGCAGAAAUAAGGGAUUCGACUAGGAACGGUGUGAGGGUGUGGCUAGGAACAUUCGACAGCGCGGAAGAAGCGGCUUUAGCUUACGACCAAGCGGCGUUUGCGAUGAGAGGGUCAUUGGCAACUCUCAAUUUCCCAAUCCAAGUGGUGAAGGAAUCGCUGGAGGAAAUGAAGUAUGAAUGCGAGGAGGGUUGCUCUCCUGUUAUGUCUUUGAAGAAGACUCAUUACUUGAGGAAGAGGUCCAAGAACAAUAAAUGUAAACGGAACGAGGUGGGUGGAAAACAGAAACACCAGAACUUGGUGGUGUUUGAGGAUUUAGGACCUGAUUACUUGGAACAACUUUUAACUUCUUGUGAAAGUUCGGGUCCAUGGUGAAAACCCAUUGACCACGAUGGGUCGGUUUUUCUUUUU